UUAUUCUGGUAACUAACGUUAACAUAACGCGCAUGUGCUUGUAUGCUAGCAACGAAUUAAACGGAAGCUAGUUACGAUGUCCAGCUAACUUGAACAUUUUUACUACUUUUAAGUUCCGCUCUAUUUAUUUUUUAGGAACAUAUAUCAACCCUGCCGUAGCAUAAGUUUACAGUUUCGGCUGGUUAAAUUAAAGUAAAAGUCUCAGGCAGUAACUAUUUGCCUUCGAGUCUGGUUUUUACUGUACCAGACAACGUUAGAAACUGCUGUUGACGGUCCAUGAGCCAUGGAGGGCCCGUCCUCUUGUUUACCGGCCACUAAAGACGGACCACUGUGGCUGGCUGGCAAGAGAGACUCCGGCGGGGAUGGAGAAUCUGACCCGACCCGGGACAUCAAAACACAUUUUCGCGUCUGUCGCUUCAUCAUGGAAACAGGAGUGAAGCUUGGUAUGCGGUCAGUGCCCGUGGCCACAGCGUGUGUGUUGUACCACCGUUUCUUUGAACGUGUCAGUGUGCAUGCAUACGAACCCUACUUGGUGGCCAUGAGCUGUGUGUACCUGGCAGGAAAAGUGGAGGAGCAACACAUCAGAACCCGUGACAUCAUCAAUGUAAGCCACAGGUAUUUUAACAGUGGCAGCCCUCCUCUAGAAUGUGACAAGGAGUUCUGGGACCUGAGGGACAGCGUGGUGCAGUGUGAGCUCCUCAUUCUCAGACAGCUCAACUUCCACGUUUCCUUUGAACACCCUCACAAGUAUUUACUCCACUACCUGCUGUCUGUGAAGUCACUCGUCAACCGCCAUGCUUGGUCUCGAACCCCCGUCGCUGAGACUUCCUGGGCAUUGCUUAGAGACUGUUACCAUGGAGCUAUGUGCAUAAACCACAUACCCCAGCACAUUGCCAUAGCAACACUGUACCUGGCUUUAAACAGCUAUGGAGUGGAGCUCCCUGUUGGGGAGAAAGAGUGGUGGCAGGUGCUGUGUGAGGACGUAACCAAAGCAGACAUUGACGCUGUGAUCUCAGACCUUCUUCAUCUCUACGACAUGGAGGCCAAGUGUAUCUGAAGGACGCACCUACAGGACCCAUAUUUUGGAGACACACAAGAACUGUUUUGUCACUGUCUGUGUUUGUGCACCAUGAAUAUGUGUGCCUGUGUGUGUUAGAGGGAACACUUUGUUGUGCCCCAGUUAGUCUGUGAGCUGUGACAAAAACACACCUGCACUACUGAUCUGGGCCACCCAGGGGAGACAUUUCUUGCUUUCUGGUCUCUGAUCCCCCAGGCCCGCUGAAUACUGAUAUGCUCUGGAAUACAGGUAUCAUCAGCACCGGGUCUGUCAAAUGCAUGUCAGUCCUCAGCAUCCAGAAUCUCUUCACGCUCCACACAAAAUAUGGUUAACAACAAAUACCACUGUAUGGAAUUAAUGAGAAAAUCUAAAAUAAAGUUCAUCACCUAGUUGUUAUAAAUGAGUAAAUAAAUAUUUCCACAAAUCCAAAAAAUAGAUGGUAAAUAUACUUAGUAAAUGUCAUUAUACUAACACUUAACUGCAUCAGGAUAAUAUUAUUAAUAAAUAUGUAGUUGAGAUCAA